AUGGUCUGGCGGUGCUUGGUGCUGCUCGCCUUGGUAUACGGGGAGCCAUGUCAGGAGCGUCUGGCAGACGAGCCCGUUGUACAGUUCACCGCCGAGGCGUGCACCUGCUGUUAUGACCUGGAUGAGUUCAUCCAGGACAACGACUACGUCUACGUGCUCUUCUACUCCCCGAAGGGUCGACUCAACAUCGACAUCAGCGCCAAGUUUGAGCAGCUGGCGAGGGAGUGGAAGUGGUCCCGCAUCCACUUCGGGCGCAUCGAUGUGGACAAGGACCGCGCCAUGUCGAAGAGGUGGGUUGAAUCCAAUAUGGUGCCCACCAACGUGAUGUACAAGUACGGCAGGCCUGUGGAGGUGAAGCCGAAGGAUUUCGAGGUGAUCCGAGACAAGUACCAGGGUAGCCCGGACGGGCAGAAGUGGAUGCUCACAAAGUACAUGGGCGAGGAUGCGCAAGGACCGGUUCUGCAAGGAUCCAAUCUCCACUACGCCACAGUUCUCCCCAGCGUGAAGACGUACAAGAAGUUUCUGAAGGGCCACCAGGUGUCCAUCGUCGGGUACUUCAAGCGGGAGGCGGAUCGGGAGCACAAGGCCUUCAUGGAGGCCAUUUGGAGGCUUUUCCAGGGCGAGGACGCAGACCGCGACGAGAUAGUAGCCGUCGCGGCAGUGGCCUUUCUGCCGGACAUCAUGAAGCAGGCUGGCGUGACCGCGCCCAGCCUUGAGCUUUACAUGCACGGCAAGGCCAUCUCUCAGGGCGCGACUCCAGACAAGUGGAGCGUCAAAGCAGUGGUGGACUUCAUCCAGCAGUUUAACGUUCUGAACGAGCCCGAUGCCGACGCGCCCAAGGGCGAACUGUGA